AUGGCUUCUUACGUAGAAUUCAUUCAAGAAAUCUUUGGAGAACUCAACAACCUUCGCACAGACCCUAAAGGCUUUGCUGAAAGAAUGGAAUUUGAGUUUAUCAGCACUUUUAAAGAAAAUAAUGCAAGACACCGUUUUGGAGCAGUCCCUAUAAUUACUAAAGAAGGAAUCAAGGCUGCCCAAGAAGCUAUUGAUUAUUUAAAAUCUAUAGAACCUUUAGGAGGACUUGCUUGGUCUGAAGGCCUCUCAAGAGCAGCCCAAUCUCACGUUAAUGACACUGGACCUUUAGGCAUUGUAGGUCAUACUGGAAGCCGUGAAAACAAUCUUGGAGAUCGCCUCUCACAAUUUGGUAAGUGAAGUGACUGUAUCGGCGAAUGUCUCGACUAUUCUUCAGUCACUGGUUUUGAAGUCGUCGUAUCCUUUAUACUUGAUGAUGGGCUUCCUACUCGCCCCCAUAGAAAAAUUGCAAUGAACCCUAGGUUCAAAAAAGUAGGCGUCGGCGCUGGACAUCAUACAGAAUACCGAUCCGCCGCCUGUGUAGUCUUCGCUGGCGAGUUUGUAGAAAAAGAAGAUCUAGAUAACAUCGAAAUUCCUCAAGGAAAUAUCCAAACGUUUCCUGAAAUAGAAAACUGGCUUGAGGGCGCUAUAAGAAUGACUUGUGAGACGCGCACUGAAAGCGAAAAUGGGGAAACAGUUAAAAGGAUCAGAAAACACUGGGAAAUGCAUGAUGGGACUACCAAAGUUACUGAAGAAAUUCAAAAAGCCAGAAAAGGCUCUUCGUCAUCUUCAUCAGAUAUUCUUUAA